GACCGUUAUUUCCGGGUGUUUCCAAUGCAGGAAUCCUCUCCGUUUGAUGUUUAUUGUGUAGUAAAAAGAAAACACACACCCACACAAAACCUGAACGCUCUUCGGUCGUGAAAGGUUUUGAAGAUGAACAGAAUAUUCGGUCGCGGGAAGCCCAAAGCGCCUCCGCCGAACCUGUCGGACUGUAUCAGCACUGUGGAUGCCAGGGCAGAGUCCAUUGAAAAGAAAAUAGGCAGGCUCGAUGCUGAGCUCCUGAAGUACAAAGAUCAGCUGAAAAAGAUGAGAGAAGGGCCCUCCAAGAAUAUGGUGAAACAGAAAGCAAUGAGAGUCCUAAAGCAGAAGAGAAUAAAAUGGAGACUGUUUGCUUUGGACUUGCAGGAUUUACAAGACCAGUUGGAAGACAUGAUGGAGGAAGCUAACGAGGUACAGGAGUCCCUGAGCCGCAGCUACGGCACGCCGGACAUCGACGAAGAGGAUCUUGAAGCAGAGCUGGAUGCCCUGGGGGAUGAGCUGCUGCUUGAUGAUGAUACCUCCUACUUGGACGAAGCGUCGGCUGCUCCAUCUAUCCCAGAAGGAAUUCCCAGCGACAGCAAGACAAACAAGGUAACAAUCCCACAGGUUGAUGUUAUCAGCGGAUCCAGUCUUACAUUCAAGGGUCGCACAACCUCUAUUUUAUCACAGACAAAGCAGGAACCGUCCAUCUUAGUUUCAGAACCAGCAACCCACCAGCAAUAGAACUAACCCUUCCAUCCCUAUGAUUUGUGCACUAAUGUCCACUAAGAGGCAACUGAUGCCUUCACAGGACAGAUGGAUUUCUGCAGAAAUCACACACCAAUGGACUCCACCAAAUGAUUAAAGGACUUGU